GAAGGCUGGGGCACCUCGGUCACAUUGAAGAGCGUCAGCAGCUGGAGACGAAAACGCAGACCGCUCACAAACCAUUUCCCCGUGUACGUGACGGUUAGAUACUUAGUUCCCUACUCAACUCCACGUAUUUAACAACGCCCCCCUUCGGGGUAUUUGGCCUGUUCUCGCCAUACCAGACGUCCCCGAGCAUGUCUCUCAUCUGCUUCAAACGCUGGCGGCGGAACCGAAAGCAGGCUGUUGAGGAGCCCAUCGACCCAAGAAUCCAGCAAAGUCGCAACCCUAAGGGCCAGGUUUCUGACAUCGACGACGCCGUGGUCGUUCCUACCAAGGGGUUCCUCGGUGGCUCCCUCGACAAGGGGUUCCUCGAUGGCUCCCUCGAAUUACCGACAUACAAACCCAGGUUCAACCCCAUUAAUAUGGUCUCCCCGUUCAACUGGGUAAUGUUAACCAUUUCGGACGUCCUGCGCACCAUGUCUCGAGACUCCUAUCUUGCUCGCUGCGUUCUUUUCGAAACCGCCCGGCUCCAGCGGCGUGUAUUUUCCACGGGAUCACUGAAGCUGUCCGAGAGCGCCCGCGCCGUCGACAUGGAGUUGAUCACGUUGCGCAAAGUCUUGGAUGAAGGACAUGAACUGAUUGGCGGCCGCUGGGACGAAGAAGAGAGGAAGAAACAAGGCUUCAUUCUCCAAGGAGAACCGUUCCAGCAAGCUAUCGGUACGGCAAAGAAAUCACUUCGGGAGUUGGAAAAGACUUUCAAUGACCAGAUACUUGGCGAACUGAAGAAUGGUCUGGAGAGCAAGGAAAGCAUUGACCAUGGACGGCUCGUCGGAAAAGUCGGAAACACACAUAAGGAGCUUCGCCAGGUCUACGCGAAGGUGAUCAACGCAUAUUUGGAGGAAGAAGGGAAAGCAAGGGAGGUUGCCGGGGAUGCCGGUGUGGCUGGGAGCUGAGGGAAACUUGGGUUGGGAGCAAUUGAACAGUACUAUACCGUCCAUAUCACGGAGAUAUUUACGGUGGAUGGCUUCGUUGCGCGGAUUAGAUUAUUUUUCGGGAUCGGGAAGCGGGUUGCCUGGCAAUUAUUUCGCGCUCCUUGCUCGCAUUGCUGGUCGUCGCGGUGCAGACCGAUGUUCACGAGAAGCAAGAAACUGUAACGGCGCGGGAGAUGGUGCUAUACAAGCUACACUUUUGUUCCCAAUCUUCAACCACUAGGGAAACCACCUCGGCGGUACAGUGGUAGAGUGUGAACCUAGGA